UGUGUCUGCAGGGAUACUGGCUUUAAACAGUGAGUUGGAGAGUGUGGGUCUCAUCCACACUGUGCACAAGAAGUGCAUCUUCCAAGCCCUACAUUCCCUUUCCUCUUUCCUAGGGCUCGGAACCCUCCCCUGCUGCACGCAGACCGCGCUGGCACACCUGGCAGAGGAACAGCUGGCAAAAGCCUCUGAGCCUGGGACUAACCACUGCCUCUGAUCUCAGCGGGAUCCCCAGCACAGAGAUUGAAGAGAUGAUGCUGGAUCUUCUGGGACCCUUUCCUCUCCUCCUGUUGCUGCUGGGAUCAGGAGGGCCAGGACUUCCCCCUGGUGCUUGGGCUCAACUCACUGGGUUUCAAAAGUUUGUAAUUCGGCAUAUACCUGUAGGUCCCGUACCUACGCAAUGCAACAAUGCAAUGCGUACCGUCAAUACUCUUACUCGGAAUUGUAAGCCUCAAAACACCUUUCUGCAUGACUCCAUCCAGAACGUGUCUGAUACCUGUCUUUUGCCCAACAUACGCUGCAGGAAUAGGACGAAUACCAACUGCCACCGGAGUGCAAAUCCUAUUGACACGACUUACUGCAAUCUCACUAGAGGGAGGUAUCCCAACUGCCAGUACAGUACUCGUCCCCAGACCCAGUUCUACGUUGUUGCCUGUAACCCUCCUCAGCGGGGUGACCCUCGCUAUACUCUAGUUCCUGUACACUUAGACUAAGACAAAGGUUUCCAUUAUGUUCCCUCUCACGUGGUGCAGGUUCUUCCAUUAUCUCUUCUGCAUUUUCUUUUUCUUUGUUGAUUUGCAUGGUUCCCAUCGGAGAAGAAGGGGAGUGGGAGAAUUAGAGUCCCAAGAUGCCAGAGCAGAGUUGCGGACAAGAGUGAUCAGAUGAUACUUUUCCUCUUUGGAGCUGUGUUUUGAAAGAAGGCAAAGGAAGAGGUCAAAGAAAGACCCAGGCCCCCUAUGUUUAAUCUUCAAAAUUCUGCCAAGCUUUAUUGCAUUGUGUUCACAGCAAUAAAAUCACUUUCUGUUGCAUUGUAA